ACUCUCAACUCUCAUUUUCAAUAAUAAUAAUAUCCACGUCAUCACCCAUCAGAUCUCUCUGAUCAAUCAAUUCUUCCCUCAAACUCUUUGUUUACAAAUGGCGAAUUCAUCUUCUUCUGUUUUACCUUCUUCUUCUUCUUCUUCUCAUCUUAACACCCAAUUCGCAUUACGAUCUUCACUGUUUGCAUCCCCUCUGCACAAUAAUAAUGGCUUCUCGUUCCGUCCGAUCAAAACCAAAUCACCUGUUCGAGUCCUCUCUAUGCAACAACGCCCAUCUAAAGCAACAGUGGUGACGGGGCAGUCAUGGAACACAUCAGUUCUCGAAAGCAAAACCCCAGUACUAGUUGAGUUCUAUGCCAGCUGGUGUGGACCAUGCCAAAUGGUGCACCGUGUGAUCGAUGAGAUUGCAGCCGAAUAUGCAGGGAAGGUGAACUGUUACGUGCUAAACGCUGACAAGGACCCACGAAUCACAGAGGAAUACGACAUCAAAGCGGUCCCAAUAGUGGUUUUGUUCAAGAACGGUGAGAAGUGUGAGUCAGUGGUUGGGACCAUGCCUAAAGAGUUCUAUGUGGCUGCCAUUGAAAGGGUCUUGUCGUCUUCGUCUUGAACUUUUUAAGGGGGUGUGUAAAGUUGUUUAGGUGGUUUGUGCUAGCUUCGUUUUCUGCUUAAAUCUGAAUUUGGACGAUUUUCUCAUUGGCGGUUUAGGGUUGAUAAGCGUUGAUACAGAAACGGUUUAUUUUGCGACUACAGUCGAUGUGACAAACUCAGGUUGGGGGUUGUGUUCUUAUAGAAAAAUAAGGGUUAUCAUCUUUUAAAAUUUACAUCAUGAGUUGUUUUCUUUGUCAAUGGUAUGAAAACAUUUCAGUUGCCA